AUGAUUACAAUACGUCAAGUGAUAAAGGCAUGCGGUGGGCGUAGUAUGAGCACUAUGACUCGAACCGUAGGGGCUAGAAAUCGGAAAAUACCCGUGAAAACUGAUGAUGAAACGAAACUUCCUCAUACCCAUCCUAACGAUUUCUUGGGGAUUCAUACGAGUUAUGGAUGGUAUUUCAUUCCUAAAGAGUUUUAUGCGUUUGACUGGACUAUCCCUAUGCUUGAGCAAAGAUUAAAGGAGGCAUGUAAAGAUAUUGACUCGACCAAAUUGACGGCCUCAGAUCGUAGUAGACUUCAAGAAGAAGUAGUUGAUGUAUGGUCUAAAACUGCUGAUCUUAAUGAUAAACCAAUACAUACAAAAAAAUCCAAGAAGGACAUCGAACAACAACGGAAAGACAGAGAAUAUAGGGCGCAACUUAAAGAGAAUCCUAAGUCAUUUUCAGAAGGGAUAAUGGAUGAGGAUGGGCAUCCAUUGACACUGUCAAACUCUAUGGCGACCAAGGAGAAAUCCACCAACUCACUCAAUUUUACAGAUGCAUGGAAUUACUUCUACGCCAUUAAAAGUAAUGAAGCUGAUGAUUUGGAGAAUAAGAAGGUACUUCAAAAGCGAUUAGCACUUGAAUGGAAUCUGAAAUCUUUGGCUGAAAAGCAAAAAUAUAGAGAAGCAUAUGCACUGUUAAUUUCCGAAGGUAAAGACAUACACCGGGGGGAAAUCGUUUCGGUGAAUGCUAAAAAGAAGGCAAAACGGUCAUUGGAUUUGAGUCAUAUCCCUGAAGUGUCACAAGAAUUGAUUGAUAUUCAUCUUCCCGAGAUAACGAUGGCAGACACGAAAAAAUAUUACAUACUGUUAAGAAGUUCACUGAUCGAAGUGGAACCAGGGGUAAGAAAACCCACGGCUAUAUCGCGUGAAUGGGUGGCGUUUGAUGAGGAAACUAAACAAAAGUAUCGAGUCAGGUAUGCCAAACUACGUGCCGCUGGGUAUACUAUUUUCAGAGGAAAUAUCGUUCCUUUGAAGAAGGAGUAA